AUGGCCCGUCCCACUGGUCUCAUUGCCUCCAAGGGCAUUGAACUUCUCACUUGGAGCACGCCGAACGGGUACAAGGCAAGCAUCCUCCUUGAAGAGCUGAAGGAGGCCUACGGCUUGCAGUAUACAUCCCAGGGUAUCAACAUCGGCCAAAACAUCCAAAAGGAACCUUGGUUCACGGCCAUUAACCCCAAUGGUCGCAUCCCAGCCAUUGUUGAUCAUGACCAUGGCGAUCUAGCUGUGUUUGAGGGCAACGCCAUAUUGUCCUACCUGUCUCGCCGGUAUGACACGGAGAAGCUCUUCUCCUUUGCCGCAGACGAUGAUGACUAUACACGUGCAGAGUCCUGGAUCGGCUGGCAGCACGGUGGUCUCGGUCCCAUGCAGGGGCAAGCCAACCACUUCGUUCGUGCGGCCAAGGAGAAGAUUCCUUACGGGAUGCAGCGCUACGUUGGGGAGACGGAGCGGCUGUACGGCAUACUCGAUGCCCGCCUCAAGGACCGCGACUAUGUCGUAGGUCCCGGCCGGGGCAAAUACAGCAUUGCUGAUAUCGCUCUCCUGGGAUGGGUCAACGCUCUCCGAGGCACCACCAUUUCCAUUGAGCAGUUCCCCUCUGUCAAGGCGUGGCUGGAACGUUGCUGGGAGCGUCCAGCCGUGCAAAAGGGCUUCCAAGUUCCUUCUGCGCCGUCCUCGUCCGCUCUCAAGCCCCAGGUGGGCGAGGUGGCCGAAAAGACGCAGGAACUCAAGGAACUAGUUGACAAGGCCAAGAAACAGUACGGCUAUGUUUAUUCAUCUCCCUAA